AACCUACCAAUACCUGCACGUUCCUCAUCUAAGGUACCUCUUAUACACAUUUUACUUGAACACCUUCAACACUACAAGAUAGUUUCGAUCAUCGAACUCUUUUUACAUGGGACCGUAUUAUAAACCGAUUCACACCACAUAGACGAACCUGGACAAAACACAAUCCAUCAUGGCAGCAGCAAACUACCAGACGGACACGCCCCAAUUCACCAACACCUUCUCCAGCAGCGAGCAACCCGCAAUCAGGGAACGCGCAGGAUCGCGAGACUACACACUCACCGACGAAUGGGACGCAGCCAAGACGCCCCCCUCGCGGUUCCAGAAGCGCAAGGGCAGCAUCUACGCGACGCCCUCGUCGCGCGACGGGCACGUGGAGCGCAACCGCGACGCCGUCGAGGAGUUCCAUCGGGCCCACUCGAAGCGCUGGUCCGUAAGCAGUUCGGGCUCGAGCCGGCGCGCCAGCUUGCCCGGCAACAGCAGCAACAGUAACAGCAACAGCAACGGUAACAGUAAUAACCAUACUACUGCUACUACUGGUACUUCGAAUAAUGGUUCCGACCAGCGGCGCAAGGCUAGCCAAUAGGUCUAGGCGACGCCGGUUUUUCCGUGGGGCCGGGACGGGCUGGCUGUGCGGGCACCGCCGCUGCUA